AUGGGCUACCAGACAGAGUCCUGCCCUCUCCAGAAGUUUUCUGAUGACUCUGCAAUAGUUGGAUGUAUCAGCAAGCAGCUCAACAAAGAUAAAGGAGCUGGUUGUGGAUCUGAGGAGGGUCAGGACACCGACGACCCCUGUUUCCAUCCAGGGGCCAGCGUGGACAGUGUGGAGGAUUAUAAAUACCUGGGAAUGUUCAGAGACCGUAAACUCGACUGGGCUAAGACAACUGAUGCCCUUUAUAUCAAGGGGAGACUGAGGUCCUUCAACAUCUGCCGGCCUAUGCUGAGCAUGUUUUAUGAGACUGUGGUAGCCAGUCCUGUUUGCUGUUGCAUGCUGGGGCAGCAGACUGAGGGUUGCGGUCACCACCAGACUCAACAAACUGAUCCUAGGCCAGUGACGCUACGCAUCAAUGAGAAGUCUGUGUGGUGUUGUGGCUGUCUGCCCUGCACACCUCUGCGGAUCGCAGCCACAGCAGGACACGCUGUCUGCGUGGCCUAUCUGAUCGCCCAGGGAGCCGAGGUGGACCUAGUUGAUGUCAAAGGCCAAACGGCGCUCUACGUAGCCGUGGUUAACGGUCACCUGGAAUGCGCCCGGAUCCUCCUCGAGGCCGGAGCGGAUCCCAACGGAAGCCGGCACCACCGCAGCACCCCCCUGUACCACGCUGCGCGGGUGGGAAGGCUGGACAUUCUGCAGGAGCUCAUCCGGUUCAAUGCUGAUGUAGACAUGGACCACCAGCUGGGCCCUCGGCUCCUCUUAAGCGCCCGAACCCUCAACACUUUGGUGGUGUGUCCCCUCUACAUUAGCGCUGCCUACCACCACCUCCACUGUUUCCAGCUGCUGCUCCAGGCCGGCGCGCAGCCCGACUUCAACUACAACGGGCCUGUCUGCCACGAGGCUCUGACCCGCGGCCUGGCUUCCUGCCUGCUGGAUGCCGUGCUGCGUCACGGAUGUGAGGUGGCCUUCAUCCACCUGCUGCUGGACCACGGGGCCAACCCGGCUCUUGUGCCCUGGGAUGAGUCAGCACUGGAGGCUCCUAAUCGAAGAAAAGUGGAUCCUGAGGCCCUCAGGAUCUUCCUGGAGGCGAGGAGACGCCCUCGCAGGCUGACGCACUUGUGUCGGAUCAGGAUCCGUAAAGCGAUGGGCAAGAGUCGCCUCAUCCACAUACCUUCGUUACCUCUGCCAGAGCCAAUCAAGAAGUUCCUGCUUCACAGAAAUUGACACCACGCAGCUUCUCGUCUUCGACAUCCUACACAAACCUUCAGUCAAUCUCAAAUACAGGCCACACAGCUGCAAAACACCUAAUUAUUUUCUAAUAAUAAACUGCUCUUAAUAUAAUUUCUUCAACACUCCUGUUCCUGUUCCUGUAAUAAUUGAAUGAAAUGCUUCCUAACUUAUCGAAGAAGCCUCGCUGUGUCCUGUAUUGUGGAAAAUGUGUGUCUAUAUCCUAAAUGUUUACCAGGAAAUGUCAUGGUCAUACUAAAUAGUGUGUUUAAGCUCAUUUACCACACUGAGAAUGUCAUUUGUUUUGCUAUUGAAACAUGCCAUGUAAUAGAUAUCCACUUUAGAUGCAGAGUAACAUUGCUCCAGCUCCUUGGAUUGCUCACUUAUCUGUAGUAAACGUACAUUUUCAACCGUUUACCAACUCUCAGCCAGAGUUCAGCUCAUCAUUGUUCAAUUUAGCAGAUCAGUAGCCAGUGUUAUUAUUUAGCUUCUCGUUAUGCAUUAGCCACGUGGAUUAGCUUGACAACGUAAGGGCUGGAGCCUGCAAACUUCUAACUUCUAACAGUAUAAACUGUGUUUACAUUAGUGUGGGGUGGUGAACGAUAUUUUAUUUUUUUUGCUGAAUGCCUUAAGCUUAAAUUUUGGAAAAUUGACUUAUAGACUGAACAAACCAGAACUACCAAUGAUAAAGCAGAACAAUUACGUACAUUUAUGAAAGGAAAAACACAUGUAUUAAUCUUAAAUGAGCUGUUUAGGCUCCUGGAUCCUGACCAAAACUAAAUAAGCAAGUUUACAGUUACAAUCAGAAGCUUUCAAACAGUUUUGUUAAAGCCAGUGAAUCUUCCUCUGUUGACGCUCACAAUCUGUUGAAAAGUAAAAUGUAUUUAUGAAAGAAUAGAAUAAGUUUGUAUUUAUUGAAAAGAAAGCUGCCCUUUAUGUGAGACUGUUAUCUGUCUCAUAUGUUUACUGUUCAACAUGUUGAAAUGUCCAUGCAUUUUGCUUUGUAUAUCCCAUCUUUAUUUUCCAUAUGAAAUGUGAAUACUUCUA